AUGAAUUUUGCAAAAAGAUGGGUCAUGAGAUCCGCUCUAAAGUUCGUAAAUAAUGGAGAAGCAGUCAGAGAAGUAGGUAGAGAGUUCCAGAGAAAAGGGCCAGAAAAAGCAAAAACAGAUUUAGCAAAAGAGUGUUUAGCACGAGUUAAGAAGAAGCGAGAACAAGACGACGAUCGUAAACCGGUGCAUUUAGGUAGCCAGCAAGAGAACAAGAUAUGGAGAUAUAUGAAAAAAAAAUGGACACGAGCAACUAGACGAGCAGCAGAGUUAAAAGCUUUACUUAAAGGAUUGAGCAUAGAAUCAGGAAGACCAUAG